AUGUCUGCAAUUGGAGCUAAAAAGUCUGGAUUGGCUGCUGAGGUACAACAAAGUGUUCACGUCAAAUUUGAUUCUCAAUUUGCUCAACAAAUCUUUGGAUGGAUUUCUUCUGUUACUGGAGAGACGUUGCCAUCAAAUGGAGAUAUUAAUGAAUUUAUUUCGACUUUGAAAGAUGGAGUUCUGCUUUGCAAGCUUGUGAACGCUCUUUCUCGAAAUUCAGACGAGAAAGUCAACAACAGCGUUUUGCCAUUUAGAUAUGCAGCAAAUAUUGCUUACUUCUUGUCGUUUGUGGGGAAUUAUGUCGGUAAAAAUGAACUUUUCAAGACGGUUGAUUUAUAUGAGGGGCAAGACCCGAAUUCUGUUCUCGUUUGUUUGGCAGCAUUGGCACGUAAAUCUGAGAAAGCUUUUGGAAAGCCUGGACUUGGACCGAAAGAAGCUGGAGGGGGAACUUCUCGUCAACCUAAAGCUGCUGAACCAAUUAUUGGACUUCAGGCUGGGUCAAGCAAGGGAGCUACUCAGAGUGGAAUGAAGAAGCGAGAAAAAGGAAAGAUUAUCCCCACAAGUGAAAGGAAGAGAAGAAGGCGUGUUAAAUUGGAAACAAAACAGAAGAAAAUUGAAGAAGAAAAGAAGAAAGAGGAAAAGAAGAAGAAGAAGGAAGAAAGGAAGAAGAGGAAGGAAGAAAAGAAGAUGAAGAAGGAGAAGAAAGGAAAAAAUUAAAUUGUUUAUUUUUGUUAUUUUUACAAUGGAAUCUUUAUAACGACGUUUAU